GAGUGUCAGUGCUGGAUGUGAGGAUGAGGUCCACUUUGAUCUGUGUGCUGGGAUUAUUCUUGAUGAAUACACUCUGCUACGGACAAUAUGAAGCACGUAAACGCAACAUUACACUGACAGCAGACAGGAAGACCAUAAAAGAGCAGAGUGUGACACUGACCUGCAAUGUGGAGGACUCUGCUGGCUGGAAAUAUCAGUGGUUCAGAAAAAACUCAACAGGUUCUGGAAAAACUCUUCAGACAGCAGACGAUGGUGAAUCAGACAGACUCAGUAUCUCACAGGGAGGCAUUUACACCUGCAGAGGAAGGAGAAGUGAACCAGAUGCCUUCACACCUGAAAGUAAUGCAGUCAUCAUUAAUGAAACAGUUCCCGAUAAGGCUGUUCUCAGUCUGCAACCCAACUGGCCUGAGAUAUACAGAGGUGAGACAGUCACCAUCAGAUGUGAGAUCCAGGGAGGUGGAGACACUAAGUGGACGUAUCAAUGGAGACCAGACAACUUACACACAUCUCCAACACCCAGUGAACACAAGAUUAGCAGCACCGAUUACUACAGUGGAGGAUACAGUUGUAGAGGACUGAAGGACUCAUAUUCCUUAACAGAGUGGAGUAAUGUCUUCAGACUGACAGUAUCAUCAAAUAAACCAAAGGCCAAACUGAGAGCUGACAACAGAGAUAUUCCAGUAGGGGGCAGUGUGACCCUGACCUGCUCUGUGGACUCAUCAUCAUCUGGUUGGAAAUACUACUGGUACAGAGGAGAGAAAACCUCUGAACCCCUGACCACACAAGAUGCUGUUUUACAAUCAAAUGGACAAAUCAGUGUCUCACAGGGAGGAUCCUACUGGUGCAGAGGGGGGAGAGGAGACCCAGUUUACCACACAGAGUACAGUGAUUAUAUUAGGAUCAACAAAAUUGUCCCCAAUAAGGCUGUUGUGACUCUGCAACCCAACUGGCCUGAGAUAUACAGAGGUGAGACAGUCACCAUCAGAUGUGAGAUCCAGGGAGGUGGAGACACUAAGUGGACGUAUGACUGGAGACCAGACAACUUAAAGACUCCAACACUUCAUGAACACAAGAUUAGCAGCAGUGGAGGAUACAGUUGUAGAGGACUGAAGGACUCAUAUUCCUUUACAGAGUGGAGUAAUGUCAUCAGACUGACAGUAUCAUUAAAUAAACCCAAACCCACACUGACAGCAGACAAAACCAUCACACCAGUAGGAGGCAGUGUGACACUGACCUGCUCUGUGGACGAUUCUGCUGACUGGAAAUACGACUGGUUCAGACAAACCUCUGAGUCUUCUGCACCUCAACUCAUAAGAAAUUUUAACCCAAACAGAGUCAUAAGUGUUUAUCAAGGAGGCAUCUACUACUGCAGAGGAGGAAGAGGAGACUCAGUCUUCUACACAGAGAACAGCAAUAAAGUUACUAUUCAGGAAACUGUUUCCAACAAGGCUGUUGUGACUCUGCAACCCAACUGGCCUCUGAUAUACAGUGGUGAGACAAUCACUGUCAGAUGUGAGAUAGAGGGAGGUGGAAACACUCGAUGGGAAUAUGAAUGGAGACCAGCCAACUUAAACACGUCUCCAACACUCAGUGAAUACAAGAUUAUCAGAGCUUCUGUUUCCCACAGUGGAGACUACAGGUGUAAGGGUAGAAAGGACUCAUAUUCCUCAACAGAGUGGAGUGAUGUCUUCACAUUGACAGUAUCAUCAAAUAAACCAAAACCCAAACUGAGAGCUGACAACAGAGAUAUUCCAGUAGGGGGCAGUGUGACCCUGACCUGCUCUGUGGACUCAUCAUCAUCUGGUUGGAAAUACUACUGGUACGGAGGAGAGAAAACCUCUGAACCCCUGACCAGACAAGAUGCUGUUUUACAAUCAAAUAGAAAAAUCAGGGUCUCCAAGGGAGGACCCUACUGGUGCAGAGGGGGGAGAGGAGACCCAGUUUACCUCACAGAGUACAGUGAUUCAAUCAAUAUCAACAAUAUUGUCCCAAAUAAGGCUGUUGUGACUCUGCAACCCAACUGGACUGAGAUAUACAGAGGAGAGACGAUCAUGCUGAGAUGUGAGAUCCAUGAUGGAGACACAGAGUGGGAGUAUGAAUGGAAGAGAUCCCCUUACACAUCUACAAAUAAAAAUGAAUACAUGAUUAGCAAAGCUUCUUCAUACCACAGUGGAAACUACAGAUGUAGAGGAAGAAAAAUGAAAAAUGCAGAACGUUUUUUAACAGAGUGGAGUGCUUACAUCAAAUUAACAGUAUCUGAUAAUCCACCAGCAGCUGACCUCACUGUGUCUCCAUUAUGGCUGAGUCCUGGAGACUCAGUAACUCUGAGUUGUGAGGUUGAACAUCCAUCUGCAGGAUGGAGGUUUUACUGGUAUAAGACUAUUCCCAAACUAUCAGACAACUCCUACAUCUAUGAGCUGCUACCUGGUAGCAUCAAUGGGACUGAACAGGAUUCCUACAUCAUUCAUGGGCCGACACACACAGCAGGAUAUAUGUGUACAGCUGGAAGAGGAGACCCAGUGUAUUACACUCGAUACAGCAAACCUGGGUUUGUUUGGUCUGGAGAUGUUCAUUCAGCAGUGACUCUCAAAGUGAGUCCUGACAGAGUGCAGCACUUCACCUCUGACUCUGUCUCACUGAGCUGUGAAGGAAACUUUACUGAGUGGAGAGUGAGGAGGUUUCCUGAGGACCAGAACUGGUCAGACUGUUAUAACUGGAGGUCCAUGACUGGAUCCACAUGCAACAUCUACAGUUAUCAGCAGAGUGAUGAAGUGUACUGGUGUGAGUCUGGAUCAGGAGAGUUCAGCAAUGCAGUCAACAUCACUAUACAGAAUGCAGAUAUUAUCCUGGUGAGCCCUGUGCAUCCUGUGACUGAGGGACAGUCUGUUACUCUUGGCUGCAAACUGAGGAGAGGAGAAUUACUUUCCGUGUCUUUCUAUCAAAAUGACAAACUCAUCCAAAUUGAUACCAGAAGAGAGCUGAAGAUUUCAGCAGUGUCAAAGUCAGACGAAGGUUUCUACAAGUGUAAAUACUCAGGAGAAGAAUCAGCACAGAGUUGGAUGUCAGUUCAGGCAGUGUCCAGGCCUGAAAACUCUUCAUCUCUUAUACCAUUAAUUUUUGGGCUGGUUUGUGGAGUUGUACUUAUUAUUCUACUGAUCCUGUUGUAUCUCUACAGACGAUCCAAAGGUUCUCUCUUUAUCAGGCCAAUCCAGCCUGAGAGCACCAAUCAGAAUGAAACUCAACGUAAUGAAAACUCCUCUUCUCUUCAUGAUGCAGAUGAAUCCCAGAAUGUCACAUAUUCUUUGAUCGAGCUUAAAAACUUUGCUAAGACGGGAAAGCGUCAAAUAACAGUGGAGAGCUCUGUUUACGCUGAGGUGAAGACAGGAUCUGCUGCAGAUGACGGUCUAACGUAUGCUCAGGUUAACCAUGACAUUAAAGGCAAAGCCAAGAAACACAAAGGAAAAUCAGCUCCUGCAGCAACUGAUGAAGCUGUUUAUUCUGAAGUUAAACCAGGAACAGCUCAUGCAACUGAUGAAGCUGUUUAUUCUAAAGUUGAACGUGUUUUAGAUGACGGUCCAACGUAUGCUCAGGUUAACCGUCACAAUAAAGGCAAAGCCAAGAAACACAAAGGUAGGUAA